GGGUGCCAGCCGUGUUAGUGUGAGGGUGCCAGCCGUGUAGUGGACGAGGAGUGCCACUCAUCCCGGACGUUCAAAUUUUUUUUUCUGUGUUUUUCUUGUUUAGAAACCAGAUUCAGCUUUGCCAUGUGAUGUUCUGCCCCGUCUCAUCCCGCCGCUCCCCUCUCAGCCCCGCCUCGCCCCUCUCAGCUCCGCCUCGCCCCUCUCAGCCCCGCCGCUCCACCUUCAGCCCCACUUCGCCCCUCUCUUCUUCGUGUGAUCCAACCCUCGUGGCACCACACAGGUUCUCACUGCCCCUUCAAUUCUCCAGUAGGUGCAGGAGGCGACCAUGUGCGACACGGGUGUAGUGUGUCAGUGUUGGUGCGGAGGAGAAAGUUGUGUUGGCGCGUGCAGCGUGGAGGUGCUCAUGCGCGCGCGUGUUGGCCUUACUCUCGUCAUUAUUGCCACACUCCCGCAGGAGUCGCUGGGGAACAACCUUCGCUGGUGAGAGUAAUUGUUGAGCAGUGGGUGGAUGUGAGAGCUGUGAGCGGGUGGGACCUGGAGGCAGUCGUCGUUGUGCAGCACCCGGAGCUGCACACACCCUCAGCUACACACACAUCCUCGGCCACACACACACAAGUACACACAUACACUCACACAGGCACUGGAGGGAGGCAGGACCGGCUCUACAGGUGGGUGCGGGGGGCUCAAGUGUCUAAUGUUAUACCCUGGACUCAUACAGUGUUGCCAGCACCCUCUCUCACCACAUUGUCCUCACCCCCCUCCUCCUCUGGCAACAUGGCCGUAGGGUGGCACUGUCCUCGAGUAUAUAAGGACACCUACUUCCUCCCCCUGGUCAGUCACAGCCACUCUCCACCCCGGCAGUGACCAACCCAUCAAGUGUGUUCUUGUGCAGUGAAGCGAUAGGUAAUUAGUGUGCGAGUGGACAGGUUUUCAGAUAGAGGAGUGCCUCAUUUGGGAAACGGGAAACCAGAUAUAUCUUGCCUGCGCUCAGUGACUCCUGACUUCCUCUGUGUUUGGGUGACAGACAAACAUUACACUUCAGUGUGUCAACUUUCUGGCUGAAGAAUACAUCCGUGACCUGCUCGAAACUUGACGCGUACGGUCACCUGUGAGGUGGACGAGGGGAAUUUAGUCGUGGUGAGGUUCCUCUCACCAGCGUCCCACACUAUUUUCCUCCUCUAGUGCCCCCUCAUUAGUGUCCCUCACCUGUGCCCCAUCAUAUUUGGGACACCCCUUGUCAGCGACCGCCACUUAUGGUUUUCCACAAGUAGAACGUCCCCCCUGAGUGUCCUUCACUGCCUGAGUGAGAAGGAGAGGAUAAGGGAGCCCUCACAGCCUGCUAAAGAAGGAAGGCUCCGCGGUUCCAGACCCACAGGUUUGGCCCCUGCCACCGCUCUCCCUCUCGGUGGUGGGAACAUUCAGUACACACUUGAGGCUGGUGUGACUUGGAGCUAGUUGAUGCAGGGCGGCGUCAGUGCCCUCUCCCCUUCCUUCGUCACCGCCCUCGUCAGGAGCCUCGUCAUGUCUACUAAAUGUACAGCGGUGCGGCGGAAGGGGCGACAACAGCGACAACGGCGGCGCCUCAUCUCCGCCCCAAAGCCACGACCGUCUUCGUCGUCGUCCCCAUCAUCGUCCACAGCAGGAGAGGCGGCCCCCGAGACGUCACGUCCCCAACUCCACCGUCAGCAGCCUAUGCAUGAAAUGCUGCAUGUGGCGCGUGAGUGCUCGGCAAGGGAGGCGGCAGGUCACCUUCUUACCUUCGGCGAAUUCUGCCUCUUUACCAACGAGCUUCGACAAUGUUACGACAGGGAGUCCCCACGACCAGUUCCCCUCUCCAAACUUUCCGACAAAUCUUGUGUAGACAAGAAAAGAAGUGAGAGGAAAAUGUCAACAGAGUCAUCGCCAAAGUAUGAAGUAUUCCUGGGUGGGUCGUGCAACCCUACAACCUGGCGGCAGAACGUAGCCAUCCCCAUGUUGAAGGACCAAGGCAUAUCUUUCUAUAACCCGCAAGUGUCUCACUGGGAGGAAGCACUAGUAGAGCUGGAAUACCAAGCCAAACAAACUGCUUCUGUCUUGUUUUUCGUUUUGGACCGUAAUACCCGAAAUGUUGCAUCCAUGGUUGAAGCAGCAUACAUGGCUGGCUGCCGUCGCAAGCUGGUGGUCGUCAUGGAUUCCUACAGUGGCCCAGGACAACUCAUCAAUGGGGAGGCAAUAUCUGAACUAGAGUACCAAGAUCUGACAAAUGGCCUUCACACAGUCCAGGACCUUGUAGAGCGUCAAGGAAUCCCCGUCUUUGGCGAAAUUAACCAUGCCCUCAACUGUACAGCCAAGAUUUUGCGGGAGAACCUGCGUCCUCAAGACUUAGGUUUAGAGGAUCACGUUCAGCCUAUUAAAUACCCUUAUCUUCAACUAGGGGAUAAGCUAAUAAAACUGCACGAUGCCUUUGUCAACACGAAUUCAGAACAAAUAACGUUAGCAGAGGCCCGUGUAGCGUUUAAAGUGGUGACUAAUAAGGACCUGACUACAGAAGUACUACAAGCUAUAGUCGCUGCCAAGAAAGGUAUAGAGAUGCAAGAAUUAAAUGGUGUAGAACUCCCACUGAAUGAAGUGUUUCUCACAUUUGAUGAAUUUUGUUGUAUAGUUGCUGAGUUUAAGAACCAGCACUUAGAGAGCAAGAGACUGUGGGAUGUUUUCACUCAUUCUGUACAGAAGGUACUAGGUUGGGCACUCCCACGCAGACCGCUACGACCAAUCAACAGCACUGGAGGUCGAGACAUAUAUUUAGGAGGUUCUAUAGGAAAUAGAGUUUCAUGGCGUGAUGAUAUUGCCAUUCCUAUGCUCCGGAAACAUGGGUUGUCUUAUUUCAAUCCUGCAGCAGGUGCCUGUUCUGGCCGUUUGUUGCCCAUGGAAGCUGCUUUAAUGGAGCAUUCAAGGGUCCUGUUCUUUGUGAUUACAGACACAACUAGAGGUGUCUCGGCCAUGACACUAGCCUCACACUACAUAGGGCUUGGUUGUAAUGUUGUGCUGUGUGUCCAGAUGAUAACAGAAGGGUCACUUGUUAAUGGAGAAACGUUAUCAAGAUUAGCACUGAAGGAUUACAACAGGGGAAGAAGUUAUCUCACCGACCAGGCUAAUAAGGACGGGAUCCCAGUUUUCGUAAACAUCCAGGAAGGUAUUGAGUGUGCCAUUAGCAAGUGUCGUGCGAGAUAGUCAGUGUAGACAAUGUACAGAAACUUGUGUGUGCGUGUGUGUGAAUUACAAAGUGAGUGAUGUAAACAUGAAGGCACUAUUCUCUUUUGAUGCAUAAAGGACAUAUGGUUUGUCCUAAUUAAGACAAAUAUCCUGAUAUUGGAAUAUCAAUUCCAUGGAAAUUCGGCCACUGAAUUUUGAAACUCAGUGUCAUAAAUGUUGAGAAAUUUACUAGUGCUGCAAGUAUAAAUAUUUAGUAAUCUGAAAAGGAAAAUAGCAUGUGUGGAGGAACUCCAAAUAUUACUGGGAAAAUUACUAUAUUUCAAGUGCAAAAAGAAGUAUGAUUAAGAUUGUCUUCAAUUCCAUGGGAAUUAUCGGUUUACCAGAUAGUAAUGCAGUGAGUGCAGCUUUUGGAGACCCACACUGCUUCUUAGUGCAGCAAGUAUUGGGCAGCAAGAAGAAUUCUGUGCAGUUAAAAAGAGUUGUGAAAGUCUAACCAUAGACUAUGUCUUGACUUCAGUGAAGUUCACAUAAGCUAUCCAUUUACUAUUUUGUGUAAUUUUGUGUGCAUUUGGCUAUUAAUUCUAAGUGUGCACAUAACUCGUCUUCUGACAAAUCCUCAUGGAAAUUGGCAGAUUUGCAGACUAUAAGGCGUUAAAGCCUUGAUGCUGAUGUGAUUUAGCAUGAGGUAAUGUGAAUUACUGUGCCAGUGCAAUCUAUCAAAUCAUUGAUAAUCAUCAUUGGUCCAGAAUGGCAGGAGCCACUUUGAGAUGGGAAACAAAAUUUUUAUGUUAUACGAUUUUCAUUACUGACUGGUGUAAAAUCUAGUAGAGAGCAGUUACUGCUUGAAUAUGCCAACUUCCUUGUACUGUUUUUUUUUAUUUAUUUUUUUUUUUUAUUUAAAGGUUACAAGAAAAUUCUUUUAUCAAAAGUGGAAAACCACACCAUGUGCUUUGCAUAAUUAAAAGUCAUGAUUUAAAUUAGGUUCUUUGGAAGAUGCAUUAGAUUCCAUUGCUAUCAAGGAAGUUGUGAACAACUGAAUUGAAAGCAUAGUUAAAAAGAGUUAAACUGUGGGUCACAUGCCCAUGACAGGAGCAGCUAUUUUGAUUCUUAGAAGAUGUAUUCAUCCCGAAAGACAAUUUACCUAACACUAAGGACUAGAAUAGCUGAUCAUCCUACAUUAGCAGUGGACACGGGAAAACUUCUCAGGUUACAGGAAGAUACAUAGUCAGAUUGUAAUUUUGGAAAGUGAAAUCUUAAUCAAACGGAUAGUUGUGAAAACAUUUCUCAACCAGUGAACAAGCACCAUCAGUACAGUAUUGUGUACUGAGGCUGGCCAUGUGAUUUUCACUUUCCAAAAACAAUCAUGGUACUUUGCAUGUCCAUUGUCAAGUACAGCGGUGAAAGUGUGCCCCAUACUGGUUCUAGGAGGAGACCAAGUACAAUCUCCCACUGCAGGAAAAUCUCCAGCGUUGGAUGCAAUAGUGUGUAAUUUAAUAUUAUAUAUGUGAGGUGUUUGUAGGGCCGAAAGAGGUAUGUUUCUCAAUGUUUAAGAUUCUCACUAGGUUGUACAACAUGAUGGCGCAUCACUUACCAAUACAUUCCCAUUGUUAAGUGUUUUAAUGGUGCUUCUACGUUUUAACAGGGAGGGUUACCGGUACAAGGCAGCUUAAUCUUCACAUUGCAUCUGGCUUAACGCUCACUUGAUUAAGCUAUGUCCACUGUCAUUCCAUUGUUUUUAAUGACAGUGAUGAUAGUAAAACAUCUCCAAAUCAACCAAUAAUUUUUCCUAAAUGUUUUAUACAAAAAGGGGUUGUUAGCAUUGAAAAUUUUAAUAAUGUUAGCCCUUACAAAAAAAAAAAAGCAAAUUUUGAUUUUUUUUUUAAGAAACAAAUGAAAUAGAAUUUAUAGAUUUGUACAAAUUUCUUCAGAAUAGUUUGAGCUGUGCUGCUCAUAAGUCACAAAAUUACCAUUUGGUUUCAACUCUUAAAGUAUCACCUAAUUGUUAAUUAUAGAUAUUUAAUAAAAAUGAUUAUGCACUAUCAUCAUUCAUAUAUAAAACCAUUUCUCAUUAUAAUUUGGGUAUCCAAGCAAAAUGUUUGUGAAAUAUUUUGAUCACCAUAAAUUUUGUAUCAUGUCACAUUUUUAUGCAUUCAAAGCUGGCAAAACUUUCAAGAUCUUGGUUAGAUGGUUUAUUAACUGACUACAAUAAGGGUUUGUGUCAGGGUACAAAGUUAGUAUGAUUUUGUCUUUGGAGCUGCCUGUGCAAAGGUGUUUAUAAUGUGCGUUUGAGUGUAAAAGUCAGGUGACCUGGUAACUACGAACUACUGAACUUUAACAUGCACCAAAAUUCAUUUUAGUUGAGAUUUAUAUCUCUAGCCCUUGUUCAAAAUUACCAGGCCAGUGAUUUUUGAGUCCAUAAACACAUUAAAACAUGUUUAAACACAAAGGGUUCAAUUGACAAUGUUGAACCCCUGACAUGACCGCUUCACUCCUCCAGCCUUUAGAACCCAGCAAGAUUGCAUGAAAUAUUGGCUGAAGAGUCAUAGAUAUUUUUUCUGUAUCAAGUAAAUGAAAACGUCACCACCUGCUGGUUUGUGAAGGCUUGUUGAAAGAAUCUCGAUCACACUGAGUCUUGUUUAAGAAUUAAUGCACAUCAUGCCAAACCUUCCUCUUCAUAAGGCAGUUGGUAGAAAUGUACAGCCAACUGGUCACAUCACUGUAAAGAAAUCUCCAUUUAAAUUAAUGUGAAAAUAUCACAUGUUGAUUAAAUACAGUUUAAACUCUAUAAUAUUAAACAAUAGGUAAACAGUACAGUAUUGUGAUUUUGAAAAUAUAUCUUUAUUUACAGCUCCAGUUAGAAUCAGUGAAAGAUCUUAUGAAACCAAAAACGAUACUUUUGCUCUACUUACUAACAAUGUGUGACAGAGUCGUGACCAAUAGUCCAAGUGGCUAACGGGCCAAUCUGUGGCAAAGAGGAUAAAGUAAAGUAAAAAAAAAAAAAAAAA